UAGUUGAAACCGAGCUGUCUUCACACGAGCGCAAAAUUUGAUACAUUUUCGAAAAGAAGAAGAAACUGAAAAAGAGGAAUUAAAAUAAUAAAAUAAAAAAGGGCAGAGAUGCUCAUGGACAGCCAGCCGCGGUAAUAGCGUUAGAGGAACGCCAAUAGUCCAAAAUACCCAUUACCACUUUUGAAUUGGAAACACACGUCUUUUUGAAUGUCCAGAAUUAUAGUAGUUGUGUAUCUGUGAAUCAUUUUAAACAUAGGCAGAAGCAGAAUCAAGAGGGAAUUAUCAUCAACAUCAUCAUAGGUCUCUCUGUGCAGCUGCAAUGGCCAAUGCAAAUCUGCCUCGAAGAAUUAUCAAGGAAACUCAGCGAUUAAUCAGUGAACCGGCUCCUGGUAUCAGUGCAUCUCCUUCCGAAGACAAUUUGCGGUACUUCAAUGUGAUGAUUCUUGGACCCUCUCAAUCUCCUUAUGAAGGGGGGUUUUUCAAGUUGGAGUUAUUCUUACCUGAAGAAUAUCCAAUGGCUGCACCAAAGGUGCGCUUUCUGACAAAAAUUUACCAUCCAAAUAUUGACAAGUUAGGUCGAAUAUGCUUAGAUAUUCUAAAAGAUAAAUGGAGUCCUGCUCUUCAAAUCCGAACAGUUUUGCUGAGCAUUCAGGCACUGUUGAGUGCACCCAAUCCUGAUGAUCCACUUUCUGACAAGAUUGCAAAACACUGGAAGGCAAAUGAAGCUGAGGCCAUGGAAACAGCUAAAGAAUGGACAAGGAUGUAUGCAAGUGGAACUUGACAUUUAGAGGUCUGUUUCUUUGAGUAACACAUUAACAAUGUGUUGGUUACCAUCCUAUUGGUAACACAUUUAACUAUCUUCUAAUUUAUUACUGAAUACUAAUGUACCAUGUAUUUUGGUCAGAGAAAAUGAUUUUAAUUAGAAUUAUUUUCUGUAGCCAGGAAUAUGAUAAAUACUUGGAAUGAAGAAGCAUGCAUUGUUUCUUUGAUAGGGCGAUGUUUGUCUUAAGAUUCGUAUAUAAUUGAUACCCAAAAUGAUACUAGUCUUAUAUUUAA